GUAGGCUUUAGAAAAUAGAAAUAUCUUCUCUACAGUCGAACAAUGUUUUCUUCUUCCAAUCUUUGAUUUUUUUCAGAUUUACAAACUUUGGAGUUUUGAAUCUUAUCAAUAGAUUUUGGUCAUAGAUGUAAGAACUUAAUGGUGUCCUCUCUGCGGUAGAUUCGUUCAUUUCCAUAAGCAAGGGAAAGUAUAAUUAGUUGAAUCAAUUGAAGGAAAAAAAGAAAGAAAUUUUCAGAAAUGGCUGAAGCAAUUCUUGUUAGUGGUGCAACUGAAAUAUUGAAAGGGUUGACUGCUGUUAUUGCUAAUGAGAUUAUGUUGGUUUGGGGUGUAGACGACGAAUUCAAGAAGCUUAAAGAUACACUGGAGAUGAUUUCUGCUGUAACUACUGAUGCUGAGAAUCGCCAAGUAAGUGACCAAUCUGUGAGGCUUUGGCUGAGAAGGCUCAAGGGUGCUGCUUAUGAUGCUGAUGAUGUACUAGAUGAGUUCACCUAUGAAGCUAUGCGCAGAGAUGACAUCUACAUUUUUCUGGUCAAGGUAAAGGGUCUUUUUACAUGUUCUAAUCGAUUAGGUUUUCGUGUGAAAAUGGCUCAUAGUAUUAAAGAAAUUAAUCAAAGGUUUGAUGGUAUUGCCACUGAUAAGGUUAGAUAUAUGUUACGAGCUGAUGGUAGUACAUCUAGUCAUGCCAAUAGGAGACGGAAUCGGAUUACGCAAUCGUGUGGAAGUGAUGCAGGAGUGUUUGGAAGGGAAAGUGAUAAAUCAUUCAUAGUAGAUUUACUGAUCAAUAGUACACCAAUAAACAAUUACAAUCAACCUGAAACAAUUUCGGUCGUACCAAUAGUGGGAAUGGGGGGACUGGGUAAAACAAGACUAGCCGAGUUAGUCUACAAUGAUGAGUCUGUGCAGGAACACUUUGAUCUCAAAAUGUGGGUUUAUGUAUCUGAUGAUUUGGAUACGGACAAGGUUCUAAGAGAUAUAAUGGAAUCCAUUGAUGGUAAUAAGUAUGACAGUGUAUCAAAUGUUGAUGUGCUGGUAUGUCAUGUCCGUGCAAAGUUGAAAGACAAGAAGUUUUUGCUAGUGCUGGAUGACUUGUGGAGUGAUGAAAUGGAAAAAUGGGAUAAACUAAAGAGUUGGUUGGUGGAUGGUGCCGAAGGAAGUAAGGUUUUGGUCACUACACGUAAAAUUCAUGUUGCACGGGUCGUCCAAGGGGUCCUUCCACCAUACCAUUUGAAACAGUUAUCAGCAGAUGAUUGCUGGUCUAUCAUCAGGGAAAAAGCAUUUUCUCCUGGCGGGGCGUUGGAGAAUUCAAGAAUGGUAGCGGUGGGUGAGGAAAUUGCAAAAAAGUGUUCUGGCUUACCCCUUGCAGCAAAAAUGUUAGGAAAUAUAAUGCGCUCGAAGAAGCAAGAGCACGAGUGGGCUGCAAUUAAGGAGAGCGAUGUUUUGGACAAACCAGAGUUUCGAGACCCAAUCUUACCGACAAUAAAAUUGAGUUACGACGAUUUGCCAUCAAUGUCAAAGCAGUGUUUUUCAUAUUGUUCUAUAUUUCCCAAGGGUUGGGAGAUUGAUCGAGAAGCUCUGAUCCAAAUAUGGAUGGCAGAAGGCUUCCUUCUAUCAUCUCGUGAAGAAACUGCAAUGGAAGAUGUUGGAGACGAAUAUUUUACUAAUUUGUUGUGUCAUUCAUUACUCCAGAAUGAAGAGAAGGAUGAGUUCGGUGAGAUUAAGAAUUGUAAGAUGCAUGAUCUGGUACAUUCUCUUGCUCGAACUGUUGUUGAUAGCGAAGAAUGCUCAAUUAUGAAGGCUGAUCAGGUUGUAGAUAUUUCUGAAGUUCGGCGUUUGCAUUUAGUUUUUGAUGAUGGAAAUGGAAGAAUGUUUCCAGAAGCUGGGAAUAAUGCAACUAAAUUGCGCACAUUCAUUGCCAUUGAAGUAGGAGACUGUGGAAGAAUUGAAAGUGUGUUCAGUAACAUUAAUUUGCGCAUAAUAUACUUGACUGGCUCAUCGAUUCAGAAGUUACCAGCUUCACUUUCAAAGUUGAGACAUUUGAGGUAUCUAAACCUCUCGAGAUGUCGUAAUAUUGAUGCUCUGCAAGACGGGUUUUUCAACAAGCUCUAUAAUUUGCAGACAUUUGUAUUACAGAGUUGCACUUCUCUUUCGAGACUUCCUGAUGACUUUGGAUCGAUGAAAAAGUUAAGGCAUCUUGAUGUUUCAUAUACAGGAAUAAAGGCCUUGCCAAAGUCAGUUACUACUCUCUCCAACAUGCGAACAUUGAAUAUCUCUUAUUGCGAAAAUUUUGAACGGCUACCAAAAGACAUUGCUGGUUGGGUAGCUCUAAGGAGUCUUGAUAUUUCACACACAAAGGUUAGUACCUUACCUGACUCUAUCACUGGUCUCAAAAAAUUGGCGAAUUUGAGAUUGAAAUCAUGUCCGAAUCUUAAAGCAUUACCGAAAGAAAUUGAAAAGAUGGGAUGUCUAAAAGGGAUUGACAUCUCUGAAACAAAUAUCGAAGACUUGCCUGUGUUUCCUAGUUGUCAAAUUGUGCACUAAAAGGCCUAGGUUACAUGGAAACUUAGAAAAAGGAGAGUUCACUGUUUUCUAUAAUUCUUAGGUAUUGCUUUCAUUUUCUUUCUUUGCUUUCAAAACUCUAUAUCAUCUUAUUGAAUCUUGUUAUCUGGUAACUCCGUUGCUGAAACUUGAAAUCUUGAUUCCGAAAGGGUUCAUGUAAAGGAAAUUCAGGAUGUGUACUUCUAACUCCAUUGUAUUCAAAGAUUCUCAAUUCUUACUAUAUCUGUAUGUUCCUUACAGUUUUAA